AUAGUGUUCCCUCCCAAUACUUCGACGAUGGAGAAACAGAAUUCGGCAACUAGUAUAAUACGAACAAAAUCCGAUCAGCUGGUGGAGACAAUGGCUGCAGCACUGGCUGUGAUGAAGUCUCCGAUGUCGUCAUCGAGCGAGGCGGGCUUUGGUGGAGGACCGGAGAGCAGUUCCAACCUGUCGAGGAAGUCCAGCAGGCGGCUGGCGGCUGCCUCUCCAGGGCGAAGCAUCGGCAGGAACACCCACAUUCGGAAGUCGAGAAGUGCUCAGAUGAAAUUGGAUCUUGAUGAUCUCAGUAGCGGCGCCGCCUUGAGCAGAGCUUCUAGUGCCAGCUUAGGGUUGUCUUUCUCCUUCACCGGCUUCACCAUGCCACCAGAUGAUAUCGCGGAUUCGAGACCAUUUAGUGAUGACGAAAUUCCUGAAGAUCUUGAGGCUGGCAUGCAUAAGAAGAAAAUUCAAACUGAACCUACCAUACCAAUCUACCUCAAGUUCACCAGUGUGACAUACAAGGUGGUUCUAAAAGGAGUAACAUCCACAGUGGAAAAGGAUAUUCUGAAUGGAAUUACUGGUUCGGUUGAUCCAGGGGAAGUUUUGGCACUGAUGGGACCAUCAGGAAGUGGAAAGACUACCCUCCUGAGUCUACUUGGAGGGAGAGUAAGAGAGCCCACACCAGGUGGUUCAGUUACUUAUAAUGACCAACCUUACUCGAAGCUCCUAAAAAGCCGGAUUGGGUUCGUGACUCAAGACGACGUUCUAUUUCCUCACCUAACGGUGAAAGAAACAUUAACAUAUGCAGCUCUUUUACGUCUUCCAAGGACAUUGACAAAAGAGGAAAAGAAGAAAAGAGCUUUGGAUGUUAUAUACGAGCUAGGAUUAGAGAGGUGCCAAGACACCAUGAUUGGUGGUUCCUUUGUUCGGGGAGUUUCAGGUGGAGAGAGGAAGCGUGUAAGCAUCGGAAAUGAGAUAAUAAUCAACCCGUCUCUCUUGUUUCUCGAUGAACCAACCUCCGGGUUGGAUUCUACAACUGCUUUGAGGAUUAUUGAUACUUUACAUGAUAUAGCUGAGGCUGGAAAAACAGUGGUCACCACAAUCCACCAGCCAUCGAGCAGACUCUUCCUCAAGUUUAACAAGUUGAUUCUUCUUGGAAAAGGAAGCUUGCUUUAUUUUGGACAGGCAUCAGAAGCAAUGGUGUACUUUUCAUCCAUAGGAUGUACUCCGCUCAUUGCAAUGAACCCUGCAGAAUUCAUGCUUGACCUUGCAAACGGAAAUGUCAAUGAUAUUUCCGUCCCAUCGGAAUUGGAAGAUAAAGUGCAAAUGGAGAAUUCAGAAACAGAGAUGAAAGGCGGAAAGCCUGCUCCAGCAGUGGUGCAUGAGUAUCUUGUGGAGGCCUAUGAGACAAGAGUUUCUGAAAGUGAGAAGAAGAAACUUAUGGAUCCUAUACCCAUUGAUGAGAAAAUCAAGUCCAAAUUAUGUUCUGCGAAAAGAGAGUGGGGAACUAAUUGGUGUGAUCAGUAUUCCAUAUUAGUCAGGAGAGGACUCAGAGAACGGAGACAUGAUUAUUUUAGCUGGUUGAGAAUUACUCAAGUUAUAGCAACCGCAACUAUUCUUGGAUUGCUAUGGUGGCAAUCUGGUGGUAACAGCUCCACCGAACUUAAAGAUCAGGCAGGGCUGCUGUUCUUCAUUGCUGUUUUCUGGGGAUUCUUUCCUGUUUUCACAGCAAUCUUCACUUUUCCCCAAGAAAGAGCCAUGCUGAGCAAGGAACGAGCAGCUGACAUGUAUAGAUUAAGCGCCUAUUUUGUGGCAAGAACCACAAGUGACCUUCCACUUGACCUUCUACUGCCAGUUGUAUUUCUCGCAGUUGUAUAUUUCAUGGCAGGCUUAAGAACGGACGCUGGUUCCUUUUUCCUCACCAUGCUAACAGUUUUUCUCUGUAUUAUAGCUGCUCAGGGACUUGGGCUAGCUAUUGGUGCUACCCUAAUGGAUUUGAAAAGGGCAACAACUCUAGCCUCUGUCACAGUAAUGACCUUCAUGUUGGCUGGAGGGUACUUUGUCAAGAAAGUUCCAGUAUUCAUAUCAUGGCUUCGCCACCUCUCGUUUAACUAUCACACCUACAAACUUCUUCUGAAAGUACAAUAUGAACACAUAGGUGACUCUAUCAAUGGAAUCAAAAUAGAUGACGGUCACAUGGAAGUAGCUGUGUUGGCAGCCAUGGUUGUUGGCUACAGACUCUUGGCGUACUUAUCUCUACGAAGGAUGAAGCUCCAAUCAGGGGCUUAGGCCAUGGCGGCAAAAACACGAAACUUGGAAAUCGGAAAUUCAUGAGCUAUCCCAUCUAAACUGAGCAUGAAGCCAGAAAAUGGGAAUGAAAACAAGAUCACUGGAAUAAAUAUUCAAACUCUUUGCCCCUAAGAGAGGUUGUAAUAUACUACUUGGUCUAGAUUAGCUUAAGUGUAAUUCUUAAGAUAGUUAUUCACAUGAUUUAAAAUCAUGUUUGCAGCAAGUUCUGAUAAUGUGAUAAACCUUUUGAUUUUUGAGAUCUUAAUUAAGCAAGUUUAACUAAA